UUUAAAGGGACGUUUAACAUUUUUCACACACAAACUGUUUUCCAUUGAUCUGCGCAUUUUGCUAGCUAAACGACCAGCUCAUGCGCAGAUCAAGCGCUGACGCGUCCUUAGCGUCUGGCCCUGAUACUCUUGGUUUUGAGGAAGAGUCUAAGCAGCUGAAGUGCAAGCCCGGUGGUCUGCUUACAGGGUGUUGAGGGAUCUUUUUCCAGUGCGUGUUGGGAUCGGCCCACACAAACCUGUAUCUUCAAGAGGACGGGUGAGCCUCCUCUCCCUGCUGUUCCCUGUCUGCCUCCCCCCUCCGACGCCUCGCUAUGUAUUAGUAUGUUCUUUACAGGAAUAUAUUUACCCGUGGGUAUCUCCGAUGGAUCCCCCGGUAACCCUCAUCUACAUGGCGCUAAAGAAAAAACCCACCAUUUCCGGCCAAAAGUUUGCGGGACGUGCGGAGGACUACGUCCUGCAGAUCAACGGGAUGUUGGAGUACAUUUACGGGAACUACCCCCUGUGUCGGUUUAAAUACAUCAAGCAGUGUCUGUGUCGACCCUGCACCCCUCACCUCACGCUGGUGUCCUUGUCAUCGACAAUGCCAGACAAGCCAGAAGACCUGAAGGUCCCCGGCUCCAAAACGCGCCACAGACGGCAACCUCCACCAGCUACGGAGCAGCAUCGUUCUUCCAUCUGGAACACGGAUCAUUCUUUUUUCAUCCACCUCUUAAAAGGAAGCAAUGUAAAUGCUGAUGAACGCUUGAAGCUGGUGGUGGAAAGCGGUCUGUACCACGGCAAUGAACUUCUGUGCACAGUGGUGAGCAGCAGGGAGGUGCACGCCGCCUCAGAUCCCGUGUGGAAUCAAACAUUGGUGUUUGACAUCUGUGUGCGUGACCUCCCACGCAUGACACGGCUCAGCCUGGUCCUAUGUGCCGUGAAAAAGGAGAAGAAGGCCAGCUCAACCAAGAGAAAAAAAGCUGGAUGCCCCAUCGCCUGGGUGAACACCAUGGUUUUUGAUUACAAGGACAUGCUGAAGUGUGGACACCAUUCUCUCUGUAUGUGGCCCUCGCUUCUAGAUGAAAAGGAAGAAAUUGUGUGCACGCUGAGAACCGCGCAGAGCAAUCCCAGCACGGAGAGCGCGGCGACUCUGCUCAUUUGCUUCCCUGUAUUCGCGCAGCAGGUGUAUUACCCCUCCAUCGAUAAGGUUCUCAAGUUGGGAAGACACACGCAAGUUAGAAAGAGGAUCUCCGAGGAGAAGCAGCAGCAGCUCUGGGAGAUCGUGGAACGCAAGGGGCAAACAGAGUUCUACGAACACGAGAAGGACCUGGUGUGGGAAAUGCGCCACGAGAUCCGAGAUCGCUACCCCGAGGCCCUCUGCAAAGUGCUGCUCGCCACCAAGUGGAACCAGCGAGAGGAUGUGGCACAGAUGAUGUGCUUGUUACAGUCCUGGCCAGACCUUCCUGUCUUCAUGUACCUGGAGCUACUGGACUUCAGCAUCCCCGACUGCUUUGUGAGGUCCUUCACCCUCAGCUGCCUGAUGAAGCUCACGAACGACGAGCUGUGUCUGUACCUCCUACAGCUGGUGCAGGUCCUGAAGUGGGAACCUUAUCACGACUGUGACUUAACCAGGUUCCUCCUGGAGAGGGCCCUGAUGCACCGACGGACCGGCCACUUCCUGUUCUGGCAUCUUCGGUCGGAGAUGCACGUUCCCAGCGUGGCCGUGCGCUUCGGGCUCAUCCUUGAGGCCUAUUGCCGCGGAAGCAGCUACCAUAUGAAGGUCCUUAUGAAACAGGCAGAAGCGCUAACCAAGCUGAAGGAAUUGAACGACUUUGUGAGGUCCGGCGUGCAGAAGACCCGCAGACCGUUGGCCAAGGAGGCCAUGCACAUGUGCCUGAGCCAGGACGACUACCGCGAAGCCCUGUCACACAUGUAUUCGCCGCUGGAUCCCAACACGAUGCUUACAGAUGUAUGUGUGGAACUUUGCACUUUUAAGGAUUCCAAGAUGAAGCCCCUUUGGAUUGUGUACAAUAACGAGCUGUCCGGCGGGAGACGCCUUGCGAUCAUGUUUAAGAAUGGAGACGAUCUGCGGCAGGACAUGCUGGCGUUACAGAUGAUUCGGCAGAUGGACAUCCUAUGGAAGAGGGAAGGUUUGGAUCUCCGGAUGAUUCCUUACGGAUGCCUUUCCACUGGGGACAAGACCGGCCUCAUCGAGGUUGUCAUGCGUUCCGAGACGAUCGCCAACAUUCAGCGUGACUGCAGCAGCGUGGCGGCGACCGCCGUGUUUAACAAGGAUGCCCUCCUGCACUGGCUGAGGAGGAGGAAUCCGGGCAGGAAAUAUGUGGACGGUGCCAUCGAGGAGUUCACGCUUUCCUGCGCCGGCUGUUGUGUGGCUACGUACGUGCUGGGUAUCGGAGACAGACACAGCGACAAUAUCAUGAUACACGAAAGCGGGCAGCUCUUUCACAUCGAUUUUGGACAUUUCUUGGGUCAUUUUAAGACCAAACUGGGCAUCAAGCGAGAGCGCGUCCCCUUCGUAUUAACGCAUGAUUUCGUGCACGUCAUCCAGAACGGGAGGGCAAGCGACACGGAAAAGUUUGACAGGUUCCGUGACCUCUGCGAAAGGGCUUACAUGAUUGUGAGACGUCGGGCCGCCCUCUUCCUCAAUCUGUUUGCGCUUAUGAAGGCAGCGGGUUUACCUGAGCUCAGCGAUUCCAGCGACCUGCGGUAUCUCAAGGAUUCCUUAGCGCUUGGCAAGAGCGACGCAGACGCCUUGAAACAUUUCCGGAUGAAAUUUGACGACGCUCUAAGGGGAAGCUGGAAAACCAAAGUGAACUGGUUCGCCCACAGUUUGUCCAAAGACAACCGGCAGUGACCGAUGACCGACCAACCGGAUCUCCAUCCUUCGGAUUCAUUGGCUUGCA